AUGCAGGUCAAGAACUCCCUCGUCUUGUUGACGGCCCUCACUGCCGGCAGUGCCGUUGCCCGUCUUCAUGGCCAUGAACGCCGCCACCAGCACCACGAACGCGGCGUUGGCACCUGGGUGACUGCUGUUAUCGACGGCCAGACUGUCUCCUGGCAAAACACCUACGCUGGCCCGACUGAGGCUGCUGCUGUCGCUGCCUCCUCUGCCACCGAGGCCGCCGCUGCUGCUGCCACCACUGAGGCUACUGUUGCCAACGUCAAGAACGUCGACGAUGUCAAAGUGAGCUCCUCUGCCACCGCUACUACCACCAGCACCGCUUCUUCCACCGCCUCCGGCUUCGGUGGUGUCACCUCUCCCUCCGGCACUGGAGUCACCUACUGCGGAAACGUCGGUAUUCCCUACGGUUCCAACAUCAUUGAGAUCUCCAAGGACGAGCUCGACAGCUACAACUACACCAUCACCUUGGACGGAUCCAACCUCUCCGAGGAUUACAAGGCCUACUUCUGGAACAGCUGCACUGAAUCUGGCUCUCUUGCUGGCUUCUUCGACACUGUCUUCCCCUUGACUGUCACCAUCUCUGCCGGUAGCUCCGCCUACGUUGCCCUCGACGUCGACACCCAGGGUGCUUUCGUCACUGCUCCUUCCAGCUCUGAUGUCCCUCGCAACUCUGCUAGUGGCAUUAUCCUCGGCUUCUGGGGUGAAUUCGGCUUUGGUACCACUAUCAACGAUGGCUGGAGUGGCUUUGAUGUCUCUGCCAUUGAAGCUCAGAUUGCCGGCAUCACUGACUACCCUGGUCUGAAGAUCACUGGUGACGGCCAGACUUCCUCCAUCACCACUGGUCUCGGCACCGUUUCCAACGCUUACACCCAAGACCUGACCGAUGUCGGUGGCAUUGGCGGUAACGUCUCCCCUGGUUCUAUUGCCUUGACCGCUACUCUUAACUACAGCGGUUAA